CCUCAGCCGCCCUGGGCCCAGGCCACUUCCUGGUCCCCAGCCGCCCAGACUGCUGUCAGUGCGAACUCAGGUGGCGCUGCAGGUGGCUCCUCCCCUCUUUGGCCAGGAUGGACGGAGGGGUAGCGGGCAGUGCCUGGGCGGUCUCGGCGGGCCCCGCCCCACCUGCCUGCUGGAGACCAUUAGUCCACGCCAGUCCUUGUCGUGCCAUUGGUCUGGCCAGCCGGAUUAAGGAGGAAGUGGCAGAUCCCGAGCGGUCUUCCUUCCUGGACUGGUGCAGAGGUCCGGCCUGGUCCCGCCCCCUCUGACCGGCUCCCUCGCCCCGCGGGAGAUGCUGUCCAGCGGGUGGUUCCACCGAGACCUCAGCGGGCUGGAGGCAGAGACCCUGCUCAAGGGCCGGGGCGUGGAUGGCAGCUUCCUGGCUCGGCCCAGCAGCAAGAACCAGGGUGACUUCUCGCUGUCCGUCAGGGUAGGGGACCAGGUGACCCACAUUCGGAUCCAGAACUCAGGGGACUUCUACGACCUGUAUGGAGGGGAGAAGUUCGCCACACUCACUGAGCUGGUGGAGUUCUACACCCAGCAGCAGGGCGUGCUGCAGGACCGUGAUGGCACCAUCAUCCACCUCAAGUACCCACUCAACUGCUCCGACCCCACCAGUGAGAGGUGGUACCAUGGCCACAUGUCGGGGACGCAGGCAGAGGCGCUGCUGCAGGCCAAGGGCGAGCCCUGGACCUUCCUGGUGCGGGAGAGCCUCAGCCAGCCCGGGGACUUCGUGCUGUCCGUGCUCAGCGACCAGCCCAAGGCCGGUGUGGGCCCUGCACUCAAGGUCACCCACAUCAAGGUCAUGUGUGAGGGUGAACGCUACACAGUGGGUGGAUCCGAGACCUUUGACAGCCUCACAGACCUGGUGGAGCAUUUCAAGAAGACAGGGAUCGAGGAGGCCUCGGGGGCCUUUGUGUACCUGCGGCAGCCGUACUAUGCCACUCGUGUGAAUGCAGCUGACCUUGAGAACCGGGUCCUGGAGCUGAACAAGAAGAAGCAGUUAGAAGACACAGCCAAGGCCGGCUUCUGGGAGGAGUUUGAGAGUCUGCAGAAGCAGGAGGUGAAGAACUUGCACCAGCGGCUGGAAGGGCAGCGGCCUGAGAACAAGAGCAAGAACCGCUACAAGAACAUUCUCCCCUUUGACCACACCCGCGUGAUCCUGCAGGGACGAGACAGUAGCAUCCCUGGGUCUGACUACAUCAACGCCAACUACGUCAGGAACCAGCUGCUGGGCUCAGACGAGAAUUCUAAGACCUACAUCGCCAGCCAGGGCUGCUUGGAGGCCACCGUCAACGACUUCUGGCAGAUGGUGUGGCAGGAGAACACACGUGUCAUCGUCAUGACCACCCGAGAGGUGGAGAAAGGCCGGAACAAGUGUGUCCCCUACUGGCCGGAGAUGGGCACUCAGCGCGCCUAUGGACCCUACUCGGUGACCCUCUGUGGAGAGCAGGAUGCGGCCGAGUACAGACUGCGCACCUUGCAGGUGUCCCCGCUGGACAAUGGGGACCUGACUCGGGAGAUCUGGCACUACCAGUACCUGAGCUGGCCUGAUCAUGGGGUGCCCAGUGAGCCUGGGGGCGUCCUCAGCUUCCUGGACCAGAUCAACCAGCGGCAGGAGAGCCUGCCCCACGUGGGGCCCAUCAUCGUGCACUGCAGCGCGGGCAUCGGUCGCACGGGCACCAUCAUUGUCAUCGACAUGCUCAUGGAGAGCAUCGCCACCAAGGGGCUGGACUGUGACAUCGACAUCCAGAAGACCAUCCAGAUGGUGCGGGCACAGCGCUCGGGCAUGGUGCAGACGGAAGCACAGUACAAGUUCAUCUACGUGGCCAUGGCCCAGUUCAUCGAGACCACAAAAAAGAAGCUGGAGGUCAUGCAGUCCCAGAAGGGCCAGGAGUCGGAGUAUGGCAACAUCACCUACCCACCAGCCCUGAAGAGCGCCCACGCCAAGGCCGCCCGCACCUCCUCCAGGUGGGUGUGCGCCCCGCCGCCUGCUCCCCUCCCCUGGCGCGGCCCCUGCGCCCUCACCUGCACCCGCCUGCCUGCAGACACAAAGAGGACGUCUACGAGAACCUGCACGGCAAGAGCAAGAAGGAGGAGAAGGUGAAGAAGCAGCGCUCUGCGGACAAGGAGAAGGGCAAGGGUUCCCUCAAGAGGAAGUGAGCUGCCUCCCGGCCGCCCGGUCCAGGCGACCCGGAGAUUCCUGUGCCCCUGCGGACCUGACCGCAGCUGCCCAGACUCCUCCCCUCCUCCCUGGCCCCGCAGAGGCCUCCAGUGGGGGCCCCCCACCGAGGCGCCCCCCCCAAGCUGUGGUAAUUUAAGACCCGCCUCCCCUCUCUGACCCUGUACAGAGCCCCGCAAGGCCCCAGGCAGAGCCAGGCCCUUCUGUUUUUGUAAAUAAAGUUUGACAAUCACUG